ACUGUUUUUGAUGACUUGAUCUUUACGCAUGGGGUGGGAAGACUCUUCCUUUCCAUGACUUUGUUGUAUUCGAAUGUCAUAUGUGGUGGUUGUCCGGGUUGUUGUUGUAGUUUCAUAUACCGGUGCCAAAUAGCCAUUUUGAUUCACGUGUUUUGUGCCUCUAUGACAUGCCCCCAUAGUUUUCAAGAAAGAGGUUGCAAGCUUAUCUGGUGUCUUACUUGGUUUGCUUGAGAACAAACAAACAGUUAAGUAUAGGGAAGUUUGAUUCGGGUGUUUUACCUCUUCAUAUAUUUAUUUUUUGGGCUAAUUCCACUAGAAAGACCAAACUAUCGUAAAAGUUUCGUUUGUAACCUAAACUAUUCAAUCUGACAAAUCUGACACAAACUAUAUGCGUGUCGUGACAUUUUGGGCUAAUACUAACGAUCAAUGCCGAUCAACAUUAACAAAAAAAUAAUCCGUGCCAGAUUUGUCAUAUUGAAUAGUUUAGGACACAAAUGACACCUUUUUGAAUAGUUUGGGCUUUCUAGUGGAAUUAACCCUUAUUUUUUGACUUGGUAAUCGUUGUUCCUUGACCCAUUUUAGGCUAGGUUGUGCUUCUUUUGUCAUAAAUAAGGUCCCAGUACGUGUGGAAAUCUCGAGGACGAGUUUUAGGAUAUUCAAAGGUCAAAACGAGCCAAAAAGUGAAGGAUGUGCAAGGUUCAUGGGUUGGGUGCAAUGUUCACCGUUUUGGGAGGGGGGGGGGGUGAAAAUCACCCCAAAACCGUGAAACAAACACAUUUCCAGUAGCACAUCUCCUUCUCGCGGGCAUGGUUACACGCCCUUGAGGCGGGAAAAUAACAACAAAACCAUAAAGUAUGCACAAAACAUUACGUUGAAGCUGAGAUCCUGUUUUACACUAUUCACGACCAUGAAGUACACACCAAAAUUGUUAUCUUUGCAUUGGUAAGAGUGUAAAUUAACAACAACAGGUUUUGAGCAAGGGCAGUUGGGUUUUUUACGUACCCCAAAACAUCCAAGGGGCGAUUCUAGAGAGAGAGAGAGAGAGAGAGAGAGAGAGAGACCUAUGAGGGUUUUUGGAGCUAUUUUGGAGGUGCAAAUCACCAUUGAAACUUGAAAAACAUCCCCUAGAAGAUGAAGAUUGAAGAUUCUAAGCUCAUACUGCAUUCUCUCUCUUCUUCUCUAUGAAUUAGCUUUCUUUCGCAUAGGUAGAUGAACCCUAGUUAUUAAUUUUGGUUUGAAUGUUGAUGUAUGUGACAAAUCCUAUGAUGUUUAUGAUGAAGUGCAUUAGUCUUGAUCCCACUGCAUGUCAAUUGAGCUUUUAAUGUUGGAGAGAGAAUAUAUCUCUAGGUUGAAUAGUCUAAGCUGUCGAGAAGUAGAGAUGGUAUAUAAGAAAGUGGCCCCCUACCUGAACCCAUUGAUAUCCCUAUCUAGAAGGAGCAUUCAUCCAAACACAUAAGAAGCAAUCGCAACAAGAGAUUGGACAUGCAACAUUCCACACUACUAGAUCUUUCAGUCCAAUUCCACGCUCCAGCUUGUAAAGAGUAACUAGACACCAAGAGAUCUUAACACAACCAAAAUUACGUCAUGUUAAACAAAAUCCAAUCAUACCUUCUGAACCUAAGAAAUUAUCUUCUUUGGUAGAACAAAAAGGUUAAUCCAAUAUUAAAGUAUCAGAUAAAACAUAUAAGAAAUCAACUCAAUCCAUCCAACAUAUGGGACUAGAAAAUGUUGAAAAAGGAAAUAAAACAUGUCAGCUACUUAUUUCUUCCUUGCACCAUGAUUUGAGGGGUAAGCUGGAACAGUGGGCUCACACCCACUUUACCCACCCUUGGAACUAUUCAAAAAAUAAUCAAAGAGAUGUAAAUUGCUCGAAAAUGCCACUCACACCCCAAAAUAAGCACCCCUCCAUUUUCAUCUCUUCCCCAAUAGAGGCUAAACAUUUACGGACUUUUUCCAGAAAUACCACUAUUUAAAAAAAGCAUUCAAAAAAUACCACCCAACCCCAAAAAAUUCCAAAAAUACCACCUUUUUCAAAAACAGCCACCCCACCAUGCGGUUUACACGAAAACCGCUGGGCGGGGGCGCGAUUUUCUUUGCAAACCGCCAACUAAUUCCUGUAUAGUCAUUCUCAAGGUCCCGUAUAUCCAAAACUAAUUCCUGUUUUGAAAAUUCCAUCCUAGUAAAAGUUGUAGAUGUUGAAAAGUUAUGCGAAAUGAAAAAAAAAAUCACUACGAUCGGAUACCCGAGUGCAAAGUUACGUUCGUUUGAAGUUUCGGCCGAAGUUAGGAGUUGAUCGGAAAAAAAAAAAUUGGACCAAACCGCUGAGUGGGGUGGCGGUUUUGGGCCAAACCACCACCCCACCCAGCGGUUUGGUCCAAAAAAAAUUUUAACCGCCCCUUAGCCCCGCGAUUUGCAUAGAAAACCGCGCCCCCACCCAGCGAUUUUCGUGUAAACCGCAGGCUGGGUGGCGGUUUUUGAAAAAGGGUGGUAUUUUUGGAAUUUUUUUGGGGUUGGAUGGUAUUUUUGUAAUUCUUUUUUUAAACAGUGGUACAUUUGGAUUUUUUCCAACAUUUACCUACAUCUAAAGAUAAUCCAAGGUACUUGAGUGACAAAAUCCUAUCCUGAAACUUAGCAAUGUGUUAAGCUAAAUCAUGAGCUUUUCUUAAAGUCUCCAAAAAUAGUACACACUUUUUGAUUGUUGUCUAAAUUUUAAAUGUCAUAAUAAUUAAUUAUAUCAGAAGGAUACUUUUUGAAAUAAAAAUCAAAAGAAUAUUUAAAUGUCAUAAUGACACAUCAAAAGUAGUGUGAAAAAAAUGUCAUAAUACCUAUAACUGAUUUUCUUUUGAAUUUAAAUGUCAUUAUAAUAAAUGAUUAUUAAUAUAAUGUGUUUUAAGUUUAAAUAUUAUAAUAAUAAAUUAUUAUCCAAAUAUUAUUGUUCAAAAAGUAAAUGUCAUAAUAACUUCACAAAAGUUUUAUGAUAAUAAAUUAUUAGGAAAGGUUAUUAUUAAAAUGAAAUGUCAUAAUAGUACAUGAUUAUCAAAGUUUAUUGUUUAAAAUGGAAUAGUGAUGAUAAAAAGUUAAAAUUUAUAAUGAUAAUAAUAAUUAUUAUUAAUUAAUUACCAAAGUUAUGCAACAAAAAGUUCAAUAUUAUUUUAUUUUUAAUAGGAAAUGUAAAUCAAUGCAACAACAUAGUGUCGGUCGGCGCUCUCUCUCCCCAAUCUCAGACUCCUGCCUUGCUCCCUCUAUCACGUGCAAAGUUGUCAAGUAGGUCAUUACUUACAAGAUCCAGACCCACCCACCCCAUCCGCAAUUCACACCCUCUGCUAUAUUUUCUUAACUCACCACUCGACUAUAUUUUCCUCUCCAUUAAUCCCAAUCUCUCUUUCUUUUCCCCCCCAAUUCUCUGACGCGAUUCAUCGAACACUUAGACCGUGUCCCCAAUUCUUCCUUCCUCCUCCAACACCACACUGUUGGCACCCUAGGGUCACUCUAGUUGAGAACCCUUCAUUGGGAACUUAGGUUUCUCUUACCUUACCUACCACCCAAACACACAGACCAGACGACUCUGAUUCAGCAAUUUGACAUUUGUGGAUUUCCUUCAGCAUUAGAGAACAACAAACGGUUAUCCCGACGGAUUCCUCCAAUAUCACUUACAUAUUAUGACCAAAUUUUCUACCUCGUCCAGAAACAAGCCGUCUCCUACGACCAACGAUGGCUGUCUGUACAUGGGCGGUGUUGUAUUCGCUUUCUUACUCGUCUGGUGUCUCUGGUCCUACGCCGACCCGAUCAUUUUUGGCAGCAACAAUUUCAUGCCUAGGAUUGUCAGCGACAUGGGAUCGGACCGCUGCACGCACCCGACUCCGAACCUUAGAUUCGACCCGCCCGACUCAACGUUCUACGACGACUCGAAGCUCCGGUACUCGAUCGAGAAGAAGGUAACAGGGUGGGACGAUAAGCGAAAAGAGUGGCUAAAGCACCAUCCGACAUUCGCCGCCGGGGCUAAGGACAGGGUCGUGAUGGUGACUGGUUCCCAGCCAAACCCGUGCCAGAACCCAAUUGGCGACCACCUCUUGCUCCGGGCAUUCAAGAAUAAGGUGGAUUACUGUCGUAUCCAUGGCUACGACGUCUUCUACAACAACGUCCUCCUACACCCGCGGAUGAAGAGCUACUGGGCAAAGCUGCCCGUGGUGAAGGCGACGAUGCUGGCUCACCCGGAGGCCGAGUGGAUCUGGUGGGUUGACUCGGACGCGAUUAUCACCGACAUGGAAUACAAGCUCCCGCUGGACAGUUACAAUUACAAGGGUCAUAACCUAGUGGUCCAUGGGUGGCCCAAGUUAAUCUACGAGGAGAAAUCUUGGACGUCGUUAAACGCAGGCGUUUUCCUCAUUAGGAACUGUCAGUGGUCCAUGGACUUCAUCGAUGUUUGGGCCAACAUGGGCCCGAUCAGCCCAGACUACAAAAAAUGGGGGGAGAUCCAACGAUCGGUGUUCAAGGACAAGCUAUUCCCGGAGUCGGAUGAUCAAACGGCCCUGAUUUACUUGAUCUACAAGGAUAGGAGAUUGACAGACAAGAUUUAUCUGGAAGGGGAGUAUUACUUCGAAGGUUACUGGGUAGAGAUCGUGCCAACGUACGACAACAUAACGAAGAAGUAUACCGGGAUCGAGCAGGAGGAUAGUUUGUUGCGACGACGACACGCGGAGAAGGUGAGUGAGCAGUACGCAGCGUUUAGGGAGCCGCACUUGAAGGAGGCCGGGAAUGGGCGAUGGAGCUGGCGGCGGCCGUUCAUAACGCAUUUCACAGGGUGUCAGCCGUGUAGUGGGAACCACAACCAGAUCUACACCGAGGAGAGUUGCUGGAAUGGGAUGGUGAAGGCCCUGAACUUUGCAGACAAUCAGGUGUUGUGGAAGUAUGGGUUCGUGCACCCGGAUCUACUGGAUUCUAAGACGGUGACGGAGACUCUGUUUGAUUACCCCGACGAAGGACCCUGGUGAUUAAAAAAAGGAAAAGAAAAGUAUAGAGUUAGAAUGCAGGAACAGAAAGUUAAGGUUGCUGGAUAGUAAUUAUAUGCUUUGGGGGGUUUCAGGCAAUAAUAAAAAACAUAUAAUUUUCCGUUGUUUGUUUGUGUUUUCCUUUUUGAGAAGAAGUGGCUAAAAUCUAGGGAUAGUGGUAGGGAUGGAAAUUUUGAUCGUUUUACCCGACCUGUUUGGACUAUUUUUGGGGUAGGUAGUCAAGGUCUUCCUUUUAGCGAUUCAAGAGACCUCAAGCUCUCAUUUGAAGCCAGCAUGUGUGGCAACUCAAUGUGGAGUGCAGGCUGGGAAGUGGUGCUCAGGCUAAGACGAAUCCGCCCAUCAACUUCCCCACAUGUGACCUUGAUAGGGAAAGCAAUGAUCCAUCUGCUCUUGGUCCUGAGGGAGAGAUGCUUGUUUGCAAAAGAUUAGUGCAAUGCACGACAAAUUUGAAAAAGGAGACCCAUAAAUGACAACUCUUACAUUGAAAGAAAGAUAAAAGCACCCUAAAGAGUUCUUUAAUUGUUGUUGAGAAGUCCCCCAGUGCACACCUUGAAUGUUCAUCCCGAGGUAGUAGGUAUGAUCCUCAUCAUAGAGUUUCUGUGUACACAGUAAGAUAAUAGUAACGUUUACUCGUCUUCGUUUACUCUUCUUUAUGAAAUGAAUAACUAGAGUGCACUCCCCGUUGAUUUGUCUAUCAAGUUGUAUUGGUUUGAGUAGGUUUGCUUGGGGACAAGCAAACUCUUAAGUGUGUGGGAGUUUGAUAACACCUAAAAUAAGCAUUAUUUAGCCCUUAUUCUUAAGGCAUUUGCAUGUUAAAUCAUCGUGUCUAGGCCACAUAUCAACUUAUUUAUGCCCAUAUUCGUUCCUAUUUGCAAAACAUGCAUUUUGGCAUAGGUAUUCAUAAUAUGAAGGUUUUCAUAGGGGAACCAACCCUAAUUUUUCGUAUUUUAUGCUUUCCCAAGUGUUUGUGAUGAAAUUUCAGGCCUUAUAUGCAUUCGGGAUUGAUCGGGAAUCAAUUGGGGUUCAUCUGAGCAUGAUUGGGAAGCAUAGGAGCAAGAAGGGGAGAAGAGGCAUUGGUCACGGUCACACGUCACGACCGUGACCAUGUUAGAUGCUUGAAGAUCGCAGCUGUGAACAGUAGCCCCGAACUUCAGCAGGAGACCAAGAAGAAGGCAGAAAGUUUCCCCAGUUGAAUCGCGAACAUGGUGCAUUUUGACCUCGAAAAAGAUUGCGCAUGGGACACAAAGAUCACGACCACGAUCUUAUGUAGGAGGCCGCGAUCUCGUAGCUCAAAGACGGAGUAAAAACGCUUCGUUUUGGGCGAUUCAGAGACGUUCUAGCUAGGGGUGGGCAACGGGACGGGACGGGAUACCCGUCCCGUUUUAAACGGGUACCCAGUCCCAUUUGGAGGCCAAAGUCCUUCCCAUGUCCCAAACCCAUAUGGGAAACGGGUACCCAUUACCCGUACGGGACGGAUAACGGGUACCCAUAAAUACCCAAAGUUUCAUUCCCUUGACUGGCUUCAUUCCCUUGAUUAGCCAUGGAAACUAUAAACCAAAUCAACAUAAACCAAAUAGACAGAUGCUGAAAAUUAGAAACAUAAUUAGUAAUUAGCAGAACAAACCUAACUAGUAAUUAGAGUCCAUAAUAUGUAUUGUAAGUAGAAAAGAAAAGAGAAUGCCAGCUGCAUACCUAAAUAGAUAACAAACCUAACUAGUAAUUAGAGUCCAGAAUCUCGUUGUCAGCCUGUCGCUGAGGCUGGCGCUGCGGCUGUGCUGGGUGGAGGACGCUGUCUCACACUCUCGCUGUCUGACUAUCUCGCAGUUAAGUGAAAGCCGAAAGGGAAUAGGCAGCCAGGCAGGGUAAGGGUCGACUAAGAGUAAGGGCCGAAAUGGCCAAGGCCCAAUGCCACAUUUAUGAAUUAGUGAAUUGGGUUGGGGUGUUGGGCUGUGGGCUAUUUCUGGUAAAUGGGUAUAACGGGUACCCACAUUACCCAAACGGGUAUUUGCAGGUAACCCGCGGGUACCCAUAUUAGAAAUGUACAAUCCCAAGUCCCAUCCGUUUAUAAUAAUACGGGUAAUAUGGGUACCCGUAACCCUUAAAAAACGGGACGGGUACGGGUAUACCCAAAUACCCGUUUCCCGUUGCCCACCCCUAGUUCUAGCCGGUCAAGGCCAGGUCACGGCCGUGACCAUCGUCUCACGCCCUAGAGGCCUUGACCUCCAUCAGCUUUCUAUAAAUACCCCUCUUGCUGCACUUUUCAAAGGAAAGCCGACCUAGAGUGAGAAAUUUAGGACACAAAUGACACUUUUUGAAUAAUUUGGACUUCCUAGUGGAAUUAGCCUAUACAAUUAAUCUCAAUAUAUUUGUGAUAAUAUUUUUUAUGGUUAAUAUUUUCGUAUGGCCUGAACUUUGACCAAAAUAAACAUCCUGACCAAUUUUUUCGAUCUAUAACAUCCUGGCCCGAACUAUACACCAAAAUAAACAAUUUUGCCAAACCCGAUGUUAGACCGUUAACUUGGACGGUCAAACGCGUUGACCGUUAGUCAACGCGCCAUGUCACUGCCAAGUCAAUAUAAAAUAUUUAAAAUAAUUCACAAUUUCCACACAUUCCCUAAUUUUAAAUUAUUAUAAAUUAAAAAAAUCAUCUAAUACCUUAGUUAAACCAAAAAUAAAAAACAAAAGAAAUUAAAUAUUUAUCAGAUCUUCUGAGUUGGCAGUGACGUGGCGCGUUGACCGUUAGUUAACGGUCAAACAUCGGGUUUGGCCAAAUUGUUUAUUUUGGUGUAUAGUUUGGGCCAGGAUGUUAUAGAUCAAAAAGAUUGGUCAGGAUGUUUAUUUUGGUCAAAGUUCAGGCCAUACGAAAAUAUUAACCCUAUUUUUUAUUUUGUUUCUAAAUUGAAGUUGUUGAAUACUAUUUGUGUUGUGCAAUGACACAAGAAAGAUUUAAUGAAUUAGCUAUGGUGUGAUCUCCUAAAGAAUAUGUAAAUCGAAGCAUAUAACUUUUUAAGUAAUGGUGUUAUGGACUUUAUUCCUUAAUAAAUGUUAUGAAUUUUU